CGGCGCUCUUUACGGCGGUAGCGUCAGUGCGUGGCGCUCGUACUUGGCCUCAGUUCACACGUGGCUGUGUCGGAGGCACGUUGUAGCUGCUGCCUCUGCGGUUACUUCCCUUCUCAGUGCAAGGAUGAAGCGACCGAAGUUAAAGAAAGCAAGUAAACGCAUGACCUGUCAUAAGCGGUAUAAAAUCCAAAAAAAGAUUCGAGAGCACCAUCGAAAAUUGAGGAAGGAGGCCAAAAAACGAGGUCGCAAAAAGCCUAGAAAAGACCCAGGAGUUCCAAACAGUGCUCCCUUUAAGGAGGCUCUUCUUCGGGAAGCUGAGCUAAGGAAACAGCGACUUGAAGAACUAAAACAGCAACAGAAACUUGAUAGGCAGAAAGAACAGGAAAAGAAAAGGAAACUUGAAGCUAAUCCUGGUGUUAAGACAUCUAACUUGGAACCUGUGAAGGAGGAAUUUGGGCAAUGCAAAGCUAAGAACAAAGCCAACUCAGGCAAACAGAAUCCGAAGAAGUUGUAUUGUCAGGAACUUAAAAAGGUGAUUGAAGCCUCAGAUGUUGUGCUAGAGGUGCUGGAUGCCAGAGAUCCUCUUGGUUGCAGGUGUCCCCAGGUCGAAGAGGCCAUUGUCCAGGGUGGACAGAAAAAGCUGGUGCUUGUAUUAAAUAAAUCAGAUUUGGUACCAAAGGAGAAUUUGGAGAACUGGCUAAAUUAUUUGAAGAAGGAAUUACCAACAGUGGUGUUCAGAGCCUCAACAAAUCUGAAGGACAAGGGCAAGAUAGUCAAGCAUUUGAAGUUAAGGAAGAGAGCUCCAUUCAAAAAUGAAGUCUGUAUUGGGAAAGAAGGCCUUUGGAAGCUUCUUAGAAGUUUUCAGGAGACUAAUGGCAAAGCCAUUCAGGUUGGAGUAAUUGGUUUCCCAAAUGUGGGGAAAAGCAGCAUCAUCAAUAGCUUGAAACAAGAACAGAUAUGUAAUGUUGGUGUAUCCAUGGGGCUUACAAGGUGCAUGCAGGUUGUCAACCUGGACAAACAGAUCACAAUCAUAGACAGUCCAAGCUGCAUCGUGUCUCCGCUUAACUCUGCCAGCACACUUGCUCUGAGGAGUCCAGCGAGUAUUGAAGUGUUGAAACCAGUAGAGGCCGCUAGCGCCAUCUUGUCCCAGGCCGACGCUCGACAGGUAGUACUGAAAUUUACUGUCCCAGACUUUAAGAAUCCUCUGGAAUUUUUUACAUUGCUUGCUCAGAGAAGAGGACUACACCAAAAAGGUGGAAGCCCAAAUGUAGAAGCUGCGGCCAAACUGAUAUGGUCUGAGUGGACAGGUGCCUCCUUAGGUUACUAUUGCCAUCCCCCUACAUCCUGGACUCCUUCUCCACAUUUUAAUGAGGGCAUCAUGACAGACAUGAAACAGGGCCUUAAUCUGGAAGAAUUGGAGAACAACAACGCACACAGCAUACGCAGCAUCAGGGGCCCUCGUUUAGCCAGUAGCAUCCUUUUCCAGUCUUCGGGCCUAACAAACGGAAUAAUAGAAGAAACAGACAUACCUGAAGAAUUGCCAAAACAGAAAGAGAAACAGCAGGAGGAGGGAGAGGACCACCUUGACCUCAACAGUGACCAGGAAAGUGUUGAUGAAGAAGCUGAUGAUGAGAGCUUAGCCAUGGUCCUGGCAGAAGAGGCCGGGGCACUGCCUGAGGAGUCCCAAGCAGACGAGUCAGCACUAUCUUACAUCUCAGAUAAAAUGAUUGAAGAGGAAGAUGAUGCUUAUGACUUCAGCACAGACUAUGUAUAACAGAACCUUGCCUUUUCAGUUUUUUUUUAAACCUUUUGAGCAGACCGCUAAGCUCUUAUAUUGUGUGUGAUAUAUAGCUUGUUGCUGUAUGCCAUAUGUUGUGUAAAUUUUGUAAAUAUAUAUUCUGGUACACUCAUUUUUUUUUUAAUGAGGCCAUUUAUAAUGUCUGAAUUCUAUAGAAGCACCACUCUCUUACACAACUGGAUAGAAGUAUAAUUUCCUGGAAACAAAACACCAUACACUUAUUAAAAAAUGUAGGUUUCACUUUAUUAACAGAUCAGACCACAGGUUAAUGUUACAAAAUUAAAACCAAGCAGUAGUGUAGAACUAGCUGUACCAUCCCCGUCAGUCCUUCAGCAUGGUAGUAAGCAAACAUUUGGUAAGGCAGAUGGAGACAUUUAUAGCCUUUCUGGGAAGCUGACUGCUAAACACGGUAGUUUGUCCUCUUUACCCAGCUGAAAUGUCCCUCUUUCCAUGGGCUGCUGCAGAUAGGCAUCGAAGCCUUGCAACUGUUAAUUCCCACACAUACUGUCUUCCAGGAUUUCCUGAGAAAUGCUUAUAGCAUAAAUUAUGUUUUAUUUUGUAUUUGAGACCUCCAUAUGUCUUCGGAUCAGGCUGAAUUUGCCUGUGGGGUCUGGAAUAUACCAUUUUUCCCAGACAUCAGAAUAGGAAGCAGUUCUUCCCCAUGGCUUAAAGUGACCAUUCCAAUGGAGUAACUUGGCAGCCUUUACAAACUGGGGUGAAUAUCGUUUUCCAGCACUGGAACCUUACAUUGAGAGAAAAAGAACCAAAUGAUUAUACCUAGUACUAGUCAGAAAUAAGAAUGCUACAUCAGACUCCAGAAAACCUAAAGGAAACUGGAUAUACCCCAUCCCUGAGAAGAGACACUUAAUUCUUUAUUAGGUUAGGCCGUUGGUUCAUUUUUUCAACUUACCAAGGUGGCGGACGUUCCACAUGGGGUCGAUUGUAGAGUGUUGUUGAUAAAAUACAAUCAGCAGAGGAGGUGUUGUGGUGCUGCCAGCCAAUGUUCUGCUGUACAGUCCCUCUCUUGGGGGGCACAAAUGACAGAUUUAAGCUACUAGCGGAGAAUCCUUAAAACUUUCUCUUAGACAAGAUCACCCAGGUUGAAAUAAGCAUCUUUACAGCAUGGUCAGCUAUGUACUUACUCUACAUUGAGUUUCAUCCAUUUUUCCAGCUGGUUAGUUAUAUUCUGUCUUUUCCAUUCUGUCAAGUUUGCAACAAAAACUCCAGGAUUAAAUGAGCAGGUGCUGGCUUUCAUGGAAAGCUUACGAAUUCUUUCUUUUUUAUAGUCAAGAUAGCCAAUGUAAUUGUACUAAAACACAAAUGGGAUAUAUAGUACGUUUAUUGCUUCAAACAGAAUAGAUGUAACUGAUAGCCAUUAAAGAAAAAAACCUGCUUAUUAAA